AUGGCUGAGGACCAAAAGGAAGUUUCAGAUACCCUCAAAAAGGUAUACGAGAUGAUCAGUAAAGAAGAUUCGGAAGACCAGGAGUUUGCAAUGCAGCAGGCACUGCUUGAAAAGCAAAUGGCCAUGAGGACAGGUGGUUCAGCGAGCCAUUCUAAUGCCCCGCCGAGCAGUCCGCCCGCUAAUCGCCGCAUUUCGGCCCUGUUUGGAGGCGGCAGCUCAGGUAGUGCCAACACGGUAGCCCAGCGCUCGAGCCGGGCAGACGAUGUGCAGUUUGCUGCGGAGGUUUCAGAGAACCUUCUCCUCGAGUGUCGUCGUCAACAAGUUCAGAUCAAGAAGCUCGAGCAAGAGAGGGGCACUUACUCUGCUGAGCUCGAGUCGCUGCGGCAAAAAUUGAACCAGGCCGAGCAAAGAAUCGAUAGUUCAGGCGCAACGCAAGAGCAAUUGCGUGAAGCUAAUUGGUCGCUCGAGCUCCAGCUCCAGGAGGCUCAGGCUUUACUGGCCAAGCAGGGCGACGCAGCAAACAAAUGGACACAAGAGGCGGCCAAGCUUAAGAACGCCGAAUCGUCCCAUUUGGAAAAAAUCGACCAAUUGACCAGUGCUCAAGACGAGCUUACAGAGGCUGCCCGCUCAGCUGCCGCAAAACACGAUAAUGAUGCCCAGACCUUGCGACACUUGGUUGAUGAGCUCGAGGAAGAGCUCGCAAUUGAAAAGAAUCGGGUUGCUACGCUGGAAAGUUCGCUCAAACGUCAGACUAUGCUCAACCCUCCCCAGUUGGGGGCCCCUCGAAGCUCUGACAAUCGCGCCGAGAACGAAGAUGAGUUGACCACCCCUACCAACUCUCCACCGACCUCCCCGAUCAAGGCAACCCCAAUGAAAUCAACGGCUCUGGAAAAUGAUACCCAACGUGCGUCUUUAAGCCACCUGCAACGGCAGCUGCAAACCAUGCGCACAGCACUACAGCGCGAGAAAAACGAAAAGCUCGAGCUCAAGCGUCAGCUUGUCGAGUAUUCUCAGGCAUCCAAUGCUGGAGGUAGGAAAAAGAAAGCCCGACCUAUCCCUCGUACUUCGGCUCGUCCCCUUUCGUUUACCAAGCGAGGCACCCCGUCGCUGCAGAGCCAUACCACUGAUGAAGACGGCGAUGAUGAAUUUGAUUUUGAAUCUGCGGCAGAGAGUAUCUAUGAAACAGCUGACAGCGCCAUUACCGGAGUUGCCCAAGUUGGAUUAGGAUUGGGUGCUAGCCCGUCUACCGACUUUUUCAGUGUUGAUGAGAACCUUGACGACACUGACAGUGGACAAGAGACACCAACUGGCGAGAUUCCGGCCGGAACUCCCAGAACAUCAUUCUUCCGUCGCAUCUUUACGAAAUCACCGCAGACGAAAGCAGAUCUCAGCACGGAAGUUGAAAGUGAGAGUAAUGCCUCAUUCAAUGAUACCCUUAAACCUCUCUCGGACGAUAUUAUUCCGGCAGAAAAGCUUGCUGAACUCGUGUCUGACGAGGAUCUAUCCAAUAUCGUCGAGACACGUGGAUUUGAACUAGUCAAGCCUAAGCAGGUGCUCCCAGCUGGGUUUGUUGCUGUAUCGCGCGGUGAGUACGAAGACUUGAACUCUCGACCUUCAGUAAAGAGCGACGAUGCUGUUGUUUUGUCCAAGCAAGAACAUGCGGCUCUCAUCAAGCCUGAUAUCGAUACCGUCAAAUCGCUUGCAGAGUCUGAAGGCUAUGUUGUUAUUACUUCCGCUCAACACCAAGCACUUGUCGAGCCGUCCUUUGAGGAAUGGUCAUCCCAGGCAUCUAAGUUCCACAAAUCGAUUGUGGAUCCUGAGGAGUUGGCUGAACUACAGUCUCCCACCUUGGGUGCUUUGAAAAAUUAUCUACAGAAAGAAGAUCAUGUUGCUGUGCCUGCUGAGGAACAUAAAUCUCUCUUGAAUCCAUCCUUGGACAUUCUGCAGACCCAAGCUGAGUCUCAUGGCCAUGUUGUUUUGUCAAUGGCCGCUCACGAGACGCUCGUCAACCCCACCUUGGACACUAUUCUUCAGCAAGCCCUCAACUACGAUCAUGUGGUUCUAUCAAAAGCCGAGCAUAAAAAACUUGAGCAUCCUGAAUUGGACGCAGUAUUCAAACAGGCUGAAUCGUACGGUCAUGUGGUUGUUCCAGAGGCCGAGUACAAGUCACUUGUCAAUCCUGAGCUAGAUACACUUCGUCAACACGCAAAUACCCACAACCACGUUCUUUUGAGUAGAGAGGAACAUUCUGACUUACUCAAUCCUGCAAUUGAAAAGUUGCAGAAUCAUGCGGAGAAUAAAGGCCAUAUUCUCCUAUCCGCAAAGUCUCAUGAGCGGCUGCGCCGUCCUUCUCUUGAUAGUAUACAGGCUCAGCUUGAUGCUCAUAAUCAUGUCAUGGUUCCUCGUGAAGAACAUAAUCAGCUGCUUGACCCCACGCUGGAGAAGGUUGCUGAGUACGCUGUCAAAAGGCAUCAUGUUGUUGUUCCUGAAGAUGAGUAUGACAGGCUCAAAUCUCCGACCUUCUUGGCCGUCACCGAGGAGGCGAAAAAGCACAACCAUGUGUUGGUUUCAAUUGACGAGUAUAGUACACUUUCCGAACCUGACGUGUCUGCUCUCCGAGAAGGUGCUAAAAAGCUGCACCAUGUUUUACUGAGCGAUGCAGAGUUUGAAGCUCUCAAGAGUCCAGAUAUUGAGACCAUCUCUAGACAUGUGAAGAGCCAUGAUCACGUCUUAUUGUCGCAGGAUGAGUAUGAGGCACUUGCAAACCCUUCACUGGAUCGCGUCAAAGAGCGAGCAGGUGAUUUCAAGCAUAUUGCCAUUCCCACCGAGACAUACAAGUCAUUACUGCAUCCUGAUGUUGAGUCUCUUCGUACGCACGCAGCUUCUCUGAAUCAUGCUAUCUUGUCUGAAGAGGAGCUCGAGAAACUAGAGCAUCCUCCUGCAGAUAAGGUCUCGUUGUUGGCGAGCUCGCAUUCACUUUCAGUAAUCGCUGAUGAUGAACUCGCCAAGCUUCGCAGAGAGGCCGAGCAUCCAACACGCUCAGAGCUUGAGAUGCAUGCUGCAGAGCUUGAUCUUGCUGUAACUUCCAAGCAAGAGAUCGAGGAACUGCAAAACCCUCCUUCAGAAAAGAUUCACGAGCUGGCCAAGCGUCACAACCUGGUGCUCUUGAGUGCUGCUGAGCAUGAAGAUCUGAUAUCGCCAAGCCGUGAGAUGGUUGAAAAACACUUGGAGCGUGAAAAACCAAGUCUUGAGGUUGUUCGUGGGCUUGCAAAACAUCACAACCGUGUGUUGGUGACUGAUGACGAUGAAGGAACCCGGUCGUUAGCUGCUCAGCAUGGCCUUGCUGUUCUAACUGCUGAUAAACUCGAAGAGCUUCAAAAUCCAUCCUUACAGCGCACAGUACAGGAGCUCAAGCGUCAUGGCUAUGAAGGUGUUCCCAUCGAUGAGCUUCAAACUCUUAGACACAAGAUUGAAACACCUUCUCUCGAGGAGCUGAAAGGUCGUGCGGAUUCUCUUGGCUUUGCUGUUGUUCCUGUGUCUGAUUCAGAACUAUUUACCAAGCUCAAGCAAAAAUUCGACUCGCCUACCGAGUUCGACCUUGAGGAGAUUGCUAGCAAACGCGACUUUGUAGCUCUUCCUCGCGAUGUAUAUGAACGUCUAGAGGAGACUACUAAGAACCCCGAUGAGGCUACUAUAGUACGCUUUGCCAAACAACAUGGUCUCGAAGCUAUUCCAGUGGCUGAGCUUGAGGCCCUCAAGGAACGUGCGUCCAAGCCCACGCGAGAGGACAUUGAUGCUUGGGCCUAUGACAAUGAUCAUGUUACGCUGCCUACUGAGGAGUACGAGAAGCUGGUUAAGCAGGCCGAGUCUAAACGUAAACAGACCGACCUAGCCAACUUGAGCGUGGCAGAGCGCAGAGAGCACUUUGAGUCUCUUAUCAAAAAUUCUCGUGGAACCCCCACGAAAUCGCUGCAGGCCUCUCCUCAAAAGGGAGAACGUAUGACGGAAACUCUCAAAUCGUUGGGUUAUGUGCCUCUUCCUCAAGAUGAGUAUCGCCGUUUACUUGCGUCUCAGACGGUGUACGAACCUACUAAGGGUGAUAUCAUGAGAAGUGCGCGCACGUUCGGUAUGACGGCUUUACCUACUGAGGAAUAUCGCAGUCUUCUUGAGCGUUCAGGUGGUAAAGCUGCCAGUAAAGAUGAUGUUGCGCAGGUCCAAGGUCCUGAGCCCCCACGCACACCCAAACGCAACAUUCGUGGAUAUCCUGAUGAAAGCUUUAUUGCUACCCCCAGCGAGGAUGAGGGUCUCAAAGUCGUGCCUGGUAAGUACCUUGAUACAUUACGGCGGAUCGCUGAGGCUCCUACUAGAGAAGAUCUGGAUGGCAUGGCUAAGCGUCUUGGUCUUGAGCUUUACAAGCCUGACGAGGUGGUUGACAUUACCGCACUUGGCCGCAAUGAGGAUACAGAGAAUAAGAUCAAACAGGCAGCACGUGAGAUUGGCAUGACUGAGCUCUUAUCUGAAGAUGCGAUCAAGCAAGAAGCUGUGAAGUUAGGAUUUGUUUUACCACUCAGUGACGACGAGAUCAAACAACGUGCCGCAGCUCUUGGCCUUGCUGAGCCCCUGGAUGAGGAAUCAAUCAAACUGAAGGCCAAGGAAGCUGGCCUAGUAGAGCCCUUGGAGGAUGAAGAUUUAAAGGCCAAGGCUAAAGAGCUUGGUCUUGUGGAGCCAAUUAGCGACGAUGAACUCAUGUCUAGGGCUAAAUCUGCUGGUCUUAUUGAGCCUAGUGAUGAGGAAAUUCGCAAGCGUGCUAUCGUACUUGGCCUUGCUGCCCCUCUUGAUGUUGAAGCCAUUAAAGAAAAGGCAAAGGCUGCUGGAAUGGUGGAGCCCAUCUCUGAUGAUGAGAUACGUAGCCGUGCUCUUGCGGCCGGUCUAGUGGAAGCACCUUCGAACGAACAAAUCAAGUUUAAGGCUAUGGAUCUGGGACUUGUUUUGCCUUUGGACAAGGACACGAUCAAGAAAAAGGCCAGGGCUUCUGGGCUUGUUGAGCCACUUUCUCAAGAACAGAUUUUGGCCCGAGCGAAAUCAGCUGGUUUGGUUGAGCCGCUUACCGUAGAGGAAGUCAAAGUCCGUGCUCGUGCAGUGGGACUUGUCGACCCGAUUUCCGAUGCAGAAGUUCUCGCUCGUGCAAAGAAACAAGGCUGGGUUCCUCCUUUGUCUGACCAAGAUUUGCUUGUUCUUAUAAAAAAUCGUGGCCUCACUAACAAGCUGGUCACUCCAGAGCCUCACAUGGAUUCUUCUAGUCCAUCUCCACCAACCCCCACCCCCCGAGCGACCAGUAUACCACCAAGGGGCUCAUCGGCCACUGUCACAGCAGCCCCUCCCUCGGUGCACCUUUCGCAUCGCCGCUCUGAAUCAAAUCGGUCGAUUGACGAGUUCGGUCUGCCGACUCAUUUGGGCGCAACUCGACAGCUUCCGGUGAGUCGCAGAUUUGAAAUUGUCAAAUCGCCAUCAGUUGCCGGUCGGGGCCCUCGUCCUGCUCCUGCCCGUUCUAGUGUUAUUCGGUCUGCAACUACACCAAACCUUGGCCACAAGUCCUCCCGCGAGAACCUGGUCGAAGAUGAUCAACAAGUUCGCCAGGCGUUCAACCGGGGUUUCGCUCAAGGGUCUACAACCAUCUCGCGCUCUUCGUCGCAACGAUCACUGCAAUCUAAUCUUGUUCAGCGUAAGAACUCGUUGGUUCCCUCAAUGGCUAGCGGACUUUCGAUUGCUGAGCUUGACCACCCAACCACAAUGUCUUUUGUCACUCAGCUAGUCAUUGGCGAGUUGUUGUACAAGUAUGUGUCGGGCUUCAGUCUGCACGCGUUCACUGGCGGUCGGCACGAACGCUACUUCUGGAUUCACCCUUAUAGCUUGACGCUGUUCUGGGAUAAAGAGAACCCUGCCGUGGGUGGACGUAGCCGGUACACUGGACCGAAAUCUGCAGCUAUCUUGGAUGUCACCGAGAUCACUGAUCGCAAUCCCAACCCUCCUGGUCUGUACUACAAAUCGCUCGUGUUUACUACUUCCGGUAAAAGCGUCAAAGUUACGUGCCCCUCUCGGCGUCGUCACUUGAUCUGGUAUCGUGGCGUCAAGUACCUCCUGGAAAAAGCCCGGGAAGAGAGCGAGAUGGCAGAAAAAGACGAGGAAGAAGAGGACACCCCUCAGCAACAGGCACCUUGA